UCUUCAAGAUGGAAGAGUGCUGGUCCUUUGACAUGGUUGUUGAUUAAUUGUUUUAGUUACUUCAGUGGUUAACUCGUUUAUUUGCAGAAAAUGUCCAAAACCAAUACAGAGAAUCGAAAUAGGUUGAAGUGUCCGCACACUACUGGCAGAACACCUUUUGCUCUAAUUCGCGAGGAAAAAAAGAAGGAAAUCUCUGAUACUUCAGAUACUCUGUCAAGUAAGGACAUCUUUGUGGCUACAAGAAAAAGAAAACUUGGUCGAGUAUACAAAAGCUCAUAUGACAAUACAAUUAGUAAAAUUGCUGAAAUGGAGAGAAUACAAUCCACUCAGGAAAGUGAAGAUGGCAGUCAUUCAGUUGACGCGUUUGCAUCCGUAAUGGGACCUGAACAUCCACGUCGCGUGAGAUUGUACGGACGAGGGGUUACCAAGACUUUGUUAAAAGGGAAAAAAGGGAAUCUUGGAUCUUCUUUAGAUGUUGAUGAGAGGAUGCAGCAGAAAAUAGAGGAAAUGUAAGAGAGGAUGGAACAAAGAAUGCAUGAAAAGUUGAACGAACAAAAGGAUGCUAUGGAACAAAAUAUUACAAUGAACGUCAUCGCACGACUUCAGCGUCUGAACCCAAAUUUGCGACUUGAUCCUGACAUGUUAAGGUUCAGUGCAUGUUCACCUGUAGAUGUUUCCUCUGCACAACAAGCUGCUGUUCAACUAAACAGUCGACCAUCUGCUGGUAGUAACACUCAAGGUGGAGUAGAUCAAGAAAUGAAUGAUGAAGACAAUGAAGAACUAGACCUUACUUGAAAAGAAUUUUGUAUUGUUAUAGAUGAAUGUUCUAGGAAUCUUUUGUUAACAACAUUUUUGAAAUUUAUUACUCUGUUGACAUGUACUAAACUUAUGCACUCACGUGGUAGAACUUUUGCUUUAUGGAUAUUAUUUGUUUUAUGGAUAA